UCCCUCCCUUCUCCUAAAAUCCUUUUAGCGAAGCCUGGUCUAGUCACCGGUGGACCUGUUGCCGCGAAAUUCGGCCGUGGCGGCGGCGGCGGCGGUUUUUAGUGCAUCUGUUUUAGCUGAGAUGAUGAGGCCAGAUAGCUCUUCAACAGUUUCAGUUCUAAGUGGAGAGUCCUUGUCAGCUGAGAUUGCUCAUAAAAUUAUGGGUAUUCAGCUUGCUGUUCUUCUGGCAUCCGUCUGCCAUAUUCUGCUGGUUAUGUCUGAGGGAGUUCAUGAUGCUAGCAUGUGGCAUUUGAUGUCAACGGUUGACUUGUUGAAGCAUGGCAUAUCAAACCCUUUCUCCCUCACUUCAUUUGUAUCCCAGAGCUCAAGUUCGGGGCUUGGAAAAGAUAACAAAGUCGCAGAAAGUGAAGAGUACAUGGCUACUCCUAUUUUUGUGCACACCAAGGUGCAGGACCAGGACGCAACUCCUCAAAAUUUUGUGCUAUUGAAGAAGGCACUCUUGAAGUAUUUUGAUACAUGUUCAUUUGUGAAGAAUCACAGAACCGUGCCUCCUGAGAGAGACCCUGCCGUCGUUCAUAAUAACCAAUUGGAUUCUAACAUGCCAAAUAUACAUUUGCAUAUGAUACCAUUGAAGAGAAGGGAUGAAAAUACUAGAGCUCAACACGAGAGUUUCAUCUCUGCACUAUGGAAACUAAGAGAUCAGAUUUUAUCCAUGAAGUCUCCAUCUUCGAUGAGGCCUGUGUCUGAACGUGAAUGGUUGAAGAAUUCUGCCAAGGUAUGGGAGCAAGUAAGGAACUCUCCGAUAAUAUUGGAGUAUUGCAGAACACUGCAACAAUCGGGUCUCUUUAAGAGGUAGCAGACUUGAGUCUCCCAAGUGGUUAUAUAUAUAUAUUUUAAAGAAAAAUAUUUGUUGCCGUCUAUGAAAUUCAAUCAUGGCUGUGUUUUAUGGAUUUUAUUUUUGUAACAGUUUUAAAGCAUUUUCCCCCAUGUUUACUUCUAUGCUUGAUUCAUUCGUUUUUGGAAUUGUUUCCUCACUCUGUCUGAAGCGUGACUUUGGAUUGAAAUGUUCAAAUAACUUAUUUAUUAAUCAAAUUAUGUAGAUUUUUCUUGAA